GGAGGCGGCCGCGCCAUGGUCUCCCGAGGGUGCUGCCGGUGGGCGCUGCUGCUGGCCUGGCUGCCGGCCGGUUGCCUCUCCCUGCUGGUGACAGUGCAGGAUGUUGAACGUUAUACCACCUUAUUUGCCACUGUUGUCCUCAAGUGUGACUACAGCACCUCAGCACAGCUGCAGGACGUGGUAGUGACCUGGCGCUUCAAAUCCUUCUGCAAGGACCCCAUCUUUGACUACUACUCGGUCUCAUACCAGGCUGGUUUAGCUCUCGGCCAGGACCCAGCUGACGACUGCAAUGACAGCCAGCGACAGGUGCGCAUUGUCAUCCAGAAAUAUGGGCAGAAGGAGCCUGUGCUGGGCAUUGACUACCAGCAACGGAAGAUCACCAUCCAGAACCGGGCAGACCUUGUCAUCAGUGAGGUCAUGUGGUGGGACCAUGGCAUGUACUACUGCACUGUGGAAGCACCAGGAGAUACCUCAGGUGAUCCGGACAAAGAAGUUAAACUGAUUGUUCUCCACUGGCUCACAGUACUCCUCAUUGUUAUUGGUGGCCUCCUCCUCCUGUUGCUGAUUGGAAUAUGCUGGUGCCAGUGCUGCCCCCAGUAUUGCUGCUGCCACAUCCGAUGUGGCUGCUGCCCAACCCGGUGCUGCUGUAAUGAAGAAGUUUUGCGACGGCAUCAGUUCAUGAAGCAGGCUCAGGCCCUUGCACCUUGGAUGUCACACAACAUGUUCUACAGAGGUGGAGACAGGAACUCGCAAGUUUCUUCUUACCAGCUGAACCCUCUUCUGCAACAAGAUGUGUCUCUGCAAAACAGUCUUCCACUGGUGCAGCCACAAGCUCAGCUUUCCCAUAGCAAGGGUGUUUUGGACUAUCUGGAGUCUGAAAUCCAAAACCUUAAGACGUCACAGCUCCGGCCGCCCUCCCACCAGCGGCAGGACGUGCAGCCCAGCUUGCUGUCCUCCUUGGGCUCCGAGAUAAUGCCACCUUCUGUUGCUGAUCACGUCUCCUCCAUUCAUUGGAGCAGCAGCUCCUCACAUCCACAGAGAGCUGCCCACAAUCCCAGAGCCUGGGACUCUGCAGCAGAUGACAGGAGGGAAAACCGGAGGCUGCCCUUGCCUUCCAGCGGGGAUUCUCAUUCCAGCUACAGUCGGGAGGCCUGGGACAGGCAGCGUGAGGACCGUCCUCCGAGGCAGAGGACAGGUGGCUACAACGGCAGGCCCCCGCACUCCGGACGGGAUGUGUCACCCCCGCGCCAGGCUGAGAGGAGCAGCAGCAGCAGCAGUUUCUAUCCGGGGGAGGCUAAGGAGCGCUCCAACCACCACCAUGGCUGGAGGCAGGAGCCCACAGGGAGGCGAGACUACCAGCACCACCUUGGGAGGAGCGAUAACUCGGGUCAGAGGCGGAACAGCUACUCUCCCCCUCCUCGCCGGGGGUCAUGGAGCUCCUCAGAAGAGCAAGUCCGUCUCCCGGCGGCCAACCGCAAGCGGCGGCAGCGGUCUCGGGAAUGGCCAGAAGACAAGCCCCCCAGCUAUCGCUCGUUAGAAGUUAUCCCAGGUCAAGACAAGAAGCACAAAAACGGUGCUGGGCCACGCUCGGACAGAGGAAGUUCCCACAGUGGAAGAAGUCUAGUCAUUUAAUGCCAGUACUGGAAGAACUAAGAUUUCCAUUGGACUACUCUUAGCUUUUCUACUAUGUAGGUUAGGAUGGCUGCUUUGGUUUGAACAGGCAAGCAGCAAAAAAACAGAUGAAGCAGCUUCCCCUUACACUUACAACUCUGAAGAAUCUAUGUCUAGUGCCCAUGAAAGCAAUACAUAACUCCUUUUUAUUCUUGUUGGGAUUUGGAAACUCACGUUUGCAAUGGGAUGUGGUAUGUUGAAAACAUUGUCUUGGAAAGAGCAUAGGGUUUUUUGUUUGGUUGGUUGGUUUUUUGUUGUUUUUUUUUUUUAGCUGGCAUAUUCCCAGUCUUUAAAGAGAGAAACCAGUUGUCUUUGUUAGGUGCCCUGGCACUGCAAGGAGCCCAGUCUGUAGCAUGCUGGUCCUUUGCAUGCCAGUUACUGGGAAUGGCUCCAGUGAUCACAGAGCUGUAAAGUCGCAGAACAGUAGAAUAAUUUAGGUUGGAAGAGGCCUCCGGAGGUCAUCUGAUCCAGCCUCCUGCGAGUUUGGUGUAGGGAGGCAUAGCAUCUUUCCAAGGCCCUCUGUUGUGCUUCAGAAUGUUUAAUUUUUGCUGCUUCUGCCUGGUUGCUCAGCGUGGCUGAGGCAGUUGGCUUUCUUUUGUCCCUGGUAAGCCUCUCUCCCAAACAGAAGAAUCACGGUGUUGGAAGGAUGUUUGACUGCCUUAAUAAGGGCUGACUAGCAUGUCUGCAAAUUGCCAGCUUAUCUGCCCUUUAGUGACUGAAACAACCUGCCCUAUUUUAAGCUUAGACCUUAGUGCCUUAAAAGAUGCUUAUUCUAGCCUUUAACUCAGACUUGAAUUUAUUUGUAAACUUAAAGGGCUAAAUUUAUCAAGGUUUGUCUGUCCCUCCAGGGACUGAGCAAGGUAUGACUACUGUCUCUCACACCAUGGACCAAAAUUUCCUUCAAACUCUAGGAAGCAUGGCUGUGGUGCAUAUAUCUCUAAGCCAUGUACUCUUGUCCAAACAUUUUAUAUUCUCCCUUUGCUCUCUGUUCCAUAUACAUGGGGUGAGAAAAAGGGCUCUGAAGAAGUCUUAAAAUCACCAUUUUUUCCUGUUGUCCUUGAUCUUUAUCCUGACACUUUUGCAAGCUCUGCACACCUGGUGUAUCUGAUCAGCAGCUUAGAUUGCAGGGUUUUCUUCUCAUCUCUUUCUGUGCAACUAGAACAACACACAGUUUCUACAUGCUCUGAGACCAGCUGCAAAGGAGAACAACUCGCCAUUUCUCCUUGACGUCAUUCAUUCGCUGUAUUUGUUUAAAAUUUGCUGGGAAAAGAGAGGUUUUCUGGAUGCUGGCUGUUUCCACAGGAAACUGGCUUGCCAGAGGCACUUGGAUUCAAGAAACGCAGCUGUGGGCAUGGAACUUUUGAGCAUCUUGAGAAUUGUUUUGUAACCCAGGUGCGCUAGAGAUUGGCCAGUAUCAAUGACUGCAUUGCCUCGCUUAAUUCCCAACCAGUGCCGCAUGGGACACUUGCUACUGUUUGUUCUUUAAUGUCCUGAUUACUGGUGUGCUUAUUGCUUUCACUUGAAAGACUGACUUGGAGAGGCUUCCAUUUUGCCCACCUCCUUUUUCCUUUGGACAAUGAUGAGAAACAUCAUACUUGGAGCAAAUACUCCUAGCUGGCUAUCUGAUGUGGUUGCUGGUCAACCAAAGGCAACUACAAAGAGUGCUCAUUUUCCUGUGGUUUCUUGGGCUUAUUUCUAGUUCCUGUGCAUGGAAAUAAAUGAGGACUCACUAGCUUCUUCAACUUUGUUUCAGAACUGGAGGCCUACUUUUUGAAGACCGGCAGUUGACAGCUAGCACAACAAAGAGCUAAAAGAACUAAAAGACUAACUGCAAAGUUUGAAUUCAGGAAAGGAAGGCUGUAUUAAAUGUAGUCCUUGUCUGCAUUAGAACCAAAUUGUGAAUAAUGUGAACUGAGCACCCAUGAGUUACAUCUGAAAUAUAGGGAAUUAAGUGUUUUUGCAGAACUUGCAAAACCAGUAGCAGUCUUGAUUCUGGUUCACAGCCACUGGCUGUGGAUAGUUUUUAUUCUCAUUUAAUGAUAUGCUGAGAACUUAAUGAACCCCCCCUUUUAUGAUGGGCUAGUAUUUUUAUUACUUAAGAAGAGCUUAGGAUGACUGCAAUGAGAGAAAAUAAUAUGGUGCUCCUUCUUCCAAAACUAUAAUCCUGUUUUGACUUUAGCAUUGCCCUCUGGUAACUUUUAGCAGAUACCCAGUGCCCUGCAGAUUCUACCCUUGGUAGCUGAAUUGGCGGCUUGGAAUUUGACUCUCUCCUUAUGUUUUCAGUAGAUCCAUACAUCAUGCAGAACAACUUCUUCCUGUCAUCUCAACUCAGGCCAAAUGUCCAGGUUUCAGGGAAGAGCUGUCUCUUUCUCAAUCAAGAGUGGAGGCUAUUGAGACCUCAGUUGAGAUCCCAAGAUGGUAGCAUGGGAGAGUUCAUUUUCCUUUGCAUUCAGUUGUAUAUAAGCCAACAUAUGUCCAGCAAGUUCUCCCAAGAACAAGGCACCCUCACACUGCAAGAAAGCCCAGAUGACUUUGUAACUGUACCAGCUGUUGAAGUUUGCUGCUGUAGUAUGACCACACUAACUGCAGAAGUUGUGGUUUUUUUAUCUAAAUCCUAUGAAGGAGCCCUCCGUCUUUAUUUGUUUCUCUAGUCACCUUAAGUGAGCUUGGGUGACUAACUGUAGAUUGUGUGAACACAAUUUGUUCUGUGUGAAGUCUGAAGAGUUUUAUCUUUAUCAUACUUGAGCUCCUCUUCAGUCACUUUGUUCAUAUUUAUAGAAAAAUUAAACAAAACCCUUUAGGGAAAAUUGAUCAUAUCUCAGUCUUAAUUCUUUAUCUUCUUAAAUUGCAACAGAAGUAGAUUAGGUUAAGCAGCAGGGAAGCAGAAAUGAUACCAGGUUUACUGGUCCACAGGCCAUUGCAGUUCGUAAAACAUCAGUUGGUGGGCUGUGAAAUAAUGACAAAGAAAAUUUAUAUAUGCAUGCUUUACAACUGCAAGCUGACAGAAAAGUGCGAAGGAAGGACUUUAAAUGCCUAUUUCUGUUUUUAAUUGGCUAUAAAUGAAAGCCAUUGUGACAGCACUGCACAAUACUAUGUGGACUUUUUUCCCAGUAAUAUUACAGAAUCUGUGACUUUUUAAAAGAGAGAGAGAAUUGAGCAGCUCAAGUACUGCAUACUGAAAGAAAUAACAGGAGGAAAUAGCCUAGCCUCAUUCUUUCUGCAUUGCAAUUUAUUCAUGCUUAGUUUUUCAGUCAUUCCAAAGUGCUGAUGUUUGUAGGUCAGCCCAUUUUUAAUGAAAAAAAACAACUUAAUAUAUUCCAUAUAUGGGAGUUAUUGCCAUUCUAGACUUUUGUUCCUCCUGUCAGGCAAUUGAAGGAAUAUAACUUGCCCCCAAUAAUGAAUUUUCUGUCUUGGAUAAAGUGCCCUCAUAGCCACUGGAGUUACCCUAAUUUAAAAUAAUCAUGUAAUGGGUAAAUGAACAUGUCACAUGGGGCAGAUAAGGACACCCAUGCUGCUCCUAUCAGCUGCUUUCCACCUUAAACAGAGAUUCAUAAGAAAAAUAAAAGAAUCAUGUAAUUUUUCUUUGAUUAAGGAAGGUCUUUCAAUAUCUGGCUUUCUUGCUUAUUUGCAGAGUGCCCUGCCAUUCUGGAAUGUCAUUCCAGGAAUGGAGGGCAAGGGCUGCUUCUUGUGCAAUCAUUGAUGUGGUCUUGCAAGUCCUGUUUGGCAGUAUAAAGUGCUGAAAUGCCCAGUUGCUAUCUCUGGGACUGUGUUCAUUAUAGCACUGGCUAAAGUUAGACUGACUUUGGUGGGAGGGAAGUUACCUUGUGUAAUAACAACCACAAUGCAAAGCUCUUCAGCAGUACGUGAGCUAAGUGUAGCUAAGUCCCCUCUCUGUUACUACCUCCAGCAGCACAUCAGUUUAAAACACCUAUUUAAUAUGAUUAGAGCCUUCCAUUUGUUGACGUGACAUAGAAGAGAGAUGACACUUGAGGUUCUAUUAAAUUAACCCCCACAAGUAAUGACUGCUCGUUGGUAUUUCUGCUAAGUUUAAUGCCUAUAAUGUGCCUUGUGCUGGUCUUCUGAAUAUUAUUCCAGCCAUAAAAGCAGAUGGCAAAUGUGUAGAUUCUCUUCAAUGACUGUCACAUGUAUAAUUAAAAUAUAAGAGAACUUUCAACCAGUUGCUCGUGUGUUUUCCUGCAGGAUAAAUUGCUUUCUGAUGUUUGCACCAGAAGUGGAACUGAAAAUUCUCUGUUUUUACUUUUGGAAUUAACCUUGUUAUAUGUUAGUAGGAAUGUUCUAUUGUUAUUUUUUGGACAAGAAUGGAAAAUUACUUGUGUGGGUGUGUUGUUGUAAUUCUGGGAGACGUUUUUCUUAAGAGAGAAGAUAAUUUUAAUAAAUGCCAAGAGAGUGGAAAAAUGCCUGGGAAACCCUCUUUAAUGAUGUGACCCAUUGUAGCAAUCACUGAUUUGGCUGCCACAUCUGUAAAAUGAGAACACUUACUGUUUGGUUUUAAAUUACUCUGAGCUCCAUGAGAAUAAAAGUCUUCUAGAAAUGUU